AUGACCAAUACUACUUUCAAAAAAUUCAAUACCAUCUCAAAAAAAUCCGAUGUUGAACCUACCAAUGAUGUAACUGUCUUAAAAGAAACACCAAUAAGUUUCUUUAAGCCAUUAUCAAGCUAUUCAUUUUUAAAUGCAAAUGAGGCGAUCCUACAAGCAGUUACUGAACUUUUGUUACCAAACAACAGGAUUCCAGAGUUAUGCUUAUUGAUUGAUAAUACUAAAUCCAGAGGAGACACAAUAAAAAAUGAUUGGAAUAUAUCCCCAAGUAUGAGUGAUCUAGCAGAUUUUGACAAAUACAUUGAGAAUGAAGAUGAAAGCAAACUAUUGGAAAGGAAUUUGAUGUUUUGGUCUAAAGAGUACAGCAAACCAAAGGUCACGAUAUUAAAUAAGAUUUUGUCAUCUGCAGAAGAACAAGUUAUGAGGUAUAUGAACAUAAUUGCACAUGGAUCGGCACAUGAAGGCAAACCGGGUAUUAUUGAUUCUUGA